AUGUCUGAGCUACAGCAAGCUCCAUGGUAUGCUAAGCCGGCGGCGGCAGCCACAGGAGCAACUUUGACCGCCCUUACAAUGACACCUUUUGACGUUAUCAAAACACGUCUACAAACACAACCGCUGACAUCGGCUGCAUCUUCCUCGUCACUUUUGUUUCCGACACCUCCGAAAGGUGCUUGCUGCCAGAACUCCCCGACAAACUGCGUUCGAUCUCUUCACACAUUACCACUAUCUCCAGGCUCGCACGCAUUCUGGAGCCCGAAAACGGUUGCAGUUGCUGACCGAGGCCAAAUAGUUUGCCUUUGGGACGGCACGCGAACCACGGUUCAGCGCGUCAACGGCUUUUGGGAUGCCGCAUGGCGUGUUUGGACGACUGAGGGAUUCAGGGGACUCUGGAAAGGUGUAGGGACAACAUUACUUAUCGCUGUUCCAGCUCAAACAGCGUACAUGAUCACUUACGACACUGUACUUCAUACCUUCCUACCUUCACAUACGUUCUCCCCGUUCGCAGCGGGCAUACUAGCUCGUACUACUAUCUCGACUUUUUUUUCUCCUUUAGAACUCCUUCGCACACGAUUGCAGGCAACUCCCUCGCGUCCGAGUGUCCCUAGAACGCUACGUUCGACGAUGGCCGGGAUCCGUGCAACGGUCAAGGUUGAAGGUGUGCCGAGUCUCUGGCGCGGUUUAUCUCCCACUUUAUGGAGAGACGUGCCAUUCAGCGGAAUGUACUGGGCCGGAUAUGAAAGUGGGAAGGCGGCAUUUAGCCGCCACGGGUAUGAAGGUCCUCUGGUCGCUUUCGUCAGUGGCGCCACCAGUGGGACUUUUGCGGCCAUUGUGACAUCACCAUUCGAUGUGCUGAAGACGCGAAGACAGGCAAUGGUUGCAACUUCUGGGAACUCAUCGAGUACCCUCUCAGUCGCAGCUAACGUGGUGCGCAGUGAAGGUUACCAAGCCCUUUUCGCGGGAUUGACCCCAAGGCUCGCCAAAAUCGCUCCAGCAUGUGGCAUCAUGAUCUCUUGCUAUGAGGGUUUCUCCAAGUACCUCGCGAGAUGAUGUCCGCCCAUUCACGUCGCGCCCACCUCUAAUCAAGAUAUUUAUUAGUACAAUAUGUCCAAUAGCAGAGCAACGAGACCCUUGAAUAGAUUAUCAAUAGAUGGUUUUUUUGCG